UUGGCUAUAUAUCCUAGCUAGCACAAUCCACAGCUUUUGCAACUCAAACUAGAGUGAUCAUAUAUAUAUACCUCUCGGAGAAACUAAUUUUAAACAUGGUGAGCCAACAGCUUCUGUCCAAGAUUGCCACCAAUGACAAACAUGGAGAGAAUUCUCCAUAUUUUGAUGGGUGGAAGGCAUAUGAUAGAAACCCUUUUCACCCUACAAAAAAUCCUCAGGGUGUUAUUCAGAUGGGUCUUGCUGAAAACCAGCUUUGCUUUGAUUUGAUUGAAGAGUGGAUAAGGAAUAACCCCAGGGCUUCCAUUUGCACUCCUGAAGGAGUGCAUCAGUUCAGAAAUAUUGCUAAUUUUCAGGACUAUCAUGGGUUGCGAGAGUUCACAAAUGAAAUGGCAAAUUUUAUGUCAAAAGUGAGAGGAGGUAGGGUCAAAUUUGAUCCAGACCGUAUAUUGAUGAGUGGAGGGGCAACAGGGGCAAAUGAACUAAUCAUGUUCUGCUUGGCUGAUCCUGGAGAUGCUUUUAUGAUUCCCACCCCAUUUUAUCCCGGAUUCGUCCGUGACUUGUGUUGGAGAACUGGGGUGCAAAUAAUUCCUGUCCACUGUGAUAGCUCCAACAACUUCAAGAUAACAAGAGAAGCACUUGAAGUAGCCUACAAAAAAGCCAAAGAGGACAACAUCAACGUGAAGGGGUUGAUCAUAACAAACCCGUCUAACCCUUUAGGCACAACAUUAGACAAGGACACGUUGAAGAGCCUAGUGAAUUUCAUCAACGAAAAAAACAUUCACUUAGUUUGUGAUGAAAUCUAUGCUGCCACUGUUUUCAGCUCCCCUAGUUAUGUAAGCGUUGCCGAAGUGAUCCAAGAAAUGGAACAUUGCAAACGUGACCUAAUUCAUGUGAUUUAUAGUUUGUCUAAGGACAUGGGGUUUCCUGGCUUCAGGGUUGGCAUAGUUUACUCAUUCAACGAUGAAGUGGUGAAUUGUGGAAGGAAAAUGUCGAGUUUCGGAUUAGUCUCUACGCAAACUCAACACAUGUUGGCUUCGAUGUUUUCGGAUGAAAAGUUUGUAACUAGGUUUCUUUCGGAGAAUUCUAGGAGGUUGGAACAAAGGCACGAAAAGUUCAUGAAGGGGCUUGAAGAGGUUAACAUCACUCGAUUCCCAAGCAAUGCGGGACUUUUUUGUUGGAUGAACUUGAAGAGUUUGUUGGAGGAGCCAUCUUUUGAAGCUGAGUUGAAGCUAUGGCGUGUGAUUAUUCAUGAGGUGAAGCUCAAUGUUUCACCGGGAUCUUCCUUCAACUGUUCUGAGCCUGGUUGGUUUAGGGUUUGCUUUGCCAACAUGGAUGAUGAAACAGUGGAUGUUGCACUCAACAGAAUUCGUGCAUUCGUAGGUAAAGAAACUAAGAAAUCGGUGGGAUUCAAACGAUGGCAACCGAAUCUUAGGCUCAGUUUCUCUUCAAGGAUAUUUGAUGAGAGUGUCAUGUCUCCUCAUUCGCCUAUUCCUACUUCACCACUUGUUGGAGCCAAUUGAUUGGAUCUGGGUUCUACACGAGCGUUUAUAUUUUUCAAGAAUAAUGAUGUUGUCCCAGUCUGCAUGAGUUUGAAAUUAAUUAGUCUAGCUAGAUGUGGUUUUGUUUUGCUUUUGCUAAUGGGGUUUAAUUUUGUUUUACCUAGUGUUUAGAAGGUGCUUUGGGUGUUUUCCCGUGUAGGUUGUCCUAUUUACAAAACGGCUCUGUCAAGUAGCUAAGAAAUUAUUCGUGCAAUUGAAGUAAUGCAUGAAUGGGGAAAAAAUGGAUUUACUUUGGCUAUUUUAUAUUGGGGUUGUCUAAUUUAUUCAAAUAAAAAUGAGCUUGGUUGUUAA